CAUAUGUGUACUGAGAUGAGAUGAGGGCAUGAGAGGGUGGGUUGAUGUGGUAUCGCCGAGGACCAUCUUUCAGGACAGCCCGUUAACUGUCGUGUUGUAAUAGGACACAGUGCUCAUGAGAAGACAGCACUUAUGAGAAUUCUUAGGCCAUUAGAUGAGUGAGGCCCAACAGAGCAUCCUGGUUGUUCACAGUCAAAAGUAUUGGUGGAAUAUUCCAGGUGGAAUAUUGGCAAAUACACAGGAGAGAUCUCAAAGACACAAGGUUUUUCCAGUAUGAACCGGGCUUUUAACAGGAAAAAAGAUAAAUCCUGGAUGCACACUCCAGAUGCGCUGGCAAAGCAUUACAUACCCUACAAUGCCAAGUUUCUUGGAAACACAGAAGUUGACCAACCGAAAGGCACAGAGAUUGUUAAGGAAGCCGUUAGAAAGUUAAAGUUUCAAAGGCAUAUCAAGAAGUCAGAGGGACAGAAGACACAAAAAGUGGAAUUGCAAAUCUCCAUUUACGGAGUAAAGAUCUUAGAUCUCAAGACAAAAGAUGUCCAGUACAACUGCCAGUUGCAUAGGAUAUCCUUCUGUGCAGAUGACAAGACUGAUAAAAGGAUAUUCACCUUCAUCUGCAAAGACUCCGAAUCAAACAAACACCUCUGCUACGUGUUUGACAGUGAAAAAUGUGCAGAGGAGGUAACACUCACUAUUGGCCAGGCGUUUGACUUGGCCUACAAGAAGUUCCUUGAGUCUGGUGGGAAAGAUGUGGAGACACGGAAACAGAUAGGAACCUUACAGAAAAGAAUUCAAGAACUGGAAACGGAAAAUUCUGGGCUUAAGAAGCAGCUUUGGGAACUGGAAGAGCAAUUGAUGAUUGCUCCUGUACCACCACAGCUGCACAUAAACUCUACUAACGAGGCCUACAUGUUCUCAAGACCCUCCUCGCUCUUCUGGUGUCACAAUCUGACGUCCUUCUCGUGUCUCGAGAUCUCCUCGGUCACACUCACCCCUAUGAGCUCGCCCGAGUCCAACCUCUCGGCAGGCCUACUAACCCCUCCUCCGGCUAAGUCUGCUCUCCUCCCAAAGCCUGCCGACGGGUGCAGCAUCCCGCGGCCUCGCGCUGGCAGCAUCUCCUUGAAACCCCCGAUGUCCACAGACGUUUUUGACAUGGUUCCCUUCUCUGCUGUCACACCCCUGGUGCCAAUUCCCGCAAGCAACGGCACACCCCCUCCCCCCACUACAACAUCUCCUCCAGACAUGAGUAAAGACCUUUUUGGAGCGGAACCUUUUGAUCCGUUCACCUGUGGGCAAGCCGACUUCCCACCAGAUAUCCAGUCCAGGCUGGACGAGAUGCAGGAGGGGUUCAAAAUGGGACUAACCCUAGAGGCCACUGUCUUUUCUCUUGAGCCACUAGGCGGUCGCUGCUGAUGCAAAGAAGACAUGUUUGUGUUACAUACUGUAAACUCAUUUGUAUUAAAAAGUGCCAGAAUUGGGUCUACAGUCAAGAUGUCAAUGUUCUUCUAGUCCUUGAGGUUUAUAUGUAUUUGCAUAUGAAUUUGGUUUUAGAAUAUUCAAAAGGUAAUAUUCAAAUCUGAUAAAGAAAACAACACUAUUUUUCUAAGAACUGAUUUGGGAAGGAGUAUUUUUGAGACCCCUUGCUUUUAAAGGCAACGAAGGAUGUAAAUAUUAUGUCCAAUGGUAUACUCUGUGGCAGAGUUUUCAUAUACAUCUUAUGUUGUCUUAUGUUGUAGAAUCUGCUUUAUUGAAUAUACACCACUUAGAUCAACGCUGUUAUUUGUCUGUCAGACAUAAUGACUUGCUCACCAUCAACUCACAAGACACGGAAAUGUCUUAUGUCUUGUAUUACCACUCAUGUACCUAACUCUCAGCUUGUCCUUAAUUUGACCAUUUGAACAUUUUCCUCUGUUAUUUUUACUCAUUUUAUUUUUAAUGUAAUUAGUUCUGUUUUGACCUGACAUUUUAACUGAUUUAGUUUUAUUGUCUCAUUAAACAUUUUAACAGGUGCAUUUUACAUAUCGGUAUGUAUUGCCAGGGAUUUACUUUCUUAUGAUGUAUGUCAGUGAUCUCUUGCACCAGAAAGCACUUUUGAAAACCUCUGUCAGUGCUUGUUCUUUUACUUUGCUGUUACAGUUAUUAAAGAAAAAUUAAUGCA